UUGUCGGUCAUUCCGGAAAGAUCAGUUGGAAAGUGCAAAGUGCUUAUUUGUGGUGGGAUAACUCUCGUGGGUGUGACCAGUGCAAGGCAGGAAGCUGCACAUAGUUGGUGUGAAGAGCAACCAGUCGGAGUGCUCAAAAUGCACAAAAUUAUUAUUUGGAGUGUACUGAUUGGCUAUCUGAUAGUUAUUACCAAAGCGGAGGAUCAACCCUCGAGCUCGGGAAAUCCCUCAGUGGUUUCCGAAACGUGGGGUGAUAAGCUGAAAAAGGAUCUACUAGCGCAUUACGAUCGGAACAUCCGGCCAACGCAACACUACAACGUUACGAACGUCAAUCUGAAGUUCACUAUUCGACAUGUCGAUAUUGAUGAGGAAAAUUCGAUAUUUUCCGUCUAUGGAUGGAUUAAAAUGGAAUGGAAUGACGAUAAGCUCAAAUGGAAUCCAGCCAAUUACGCCAAUUUGGAUGUGAUUCGAACCAAUCCGGAAAGCGUGUGGAAACCGGAUUUGGUUCUGUACAACAAUGCCAAGGGUUCUGAUAACCUUCACUACGGUCAGACAAAUGUUUUGAUUUAUAACACCGGAACCGUUCUCUGGGUACCACCAACGGAUUAUCAUAGUUUCUGCGAGUUGAACUUACGAUAUUGGCCGUUCGAUUACCAAACGUGCUUCCUCAAAAUCGGAUCGUGGACAUUCGACGGUUAUAAACUUAAUCUGACGUCAGGAGAAGAUCCCGAGAUCGACAUUGGAGUACCGAACAACCAAUGGUCGAUUCGGAAAGUUACAACGGAUCGCCAUGUGGUGUUCUACAGUUGUUGUACUGAACCUUACAUCGAUAUCCAGUACAAUAUAACACUGCAGCGUCAUUCAUCGACUUACAAGGCCAUCGUAAUCAGUCCAGCCUUCGUCAUUAUUCUACUGGCCUUAUCUGUGUUCCUGCUGCCACCACAAAGUGGUCAAAAAAUUGUACUGAACGGUGUAAUUGUACUGAUCGUAACAAUUUUCCUGAUCUACUUCGCUCAACAACUACCAGCAAUGUCAGGAAACACUCCGCUAAUUGUGACAUUCUUUAGCACUACGCUCUACCUAGUGGCAUUCAGCACCAUUAUUGCCGUUAUUACGCUCCGUAUUUCCCGCGUCCGACACAACCAUCCGGUACCGAAAGCGAUCAAAGGGCAGCUGGACGGUUUUCUAGGAUCCCUGCUGUGCGUCAGCGAUGGCAGUGUCCCAUCUGAGGGGGACAAGGAAGCUUCCGGUGAUUCCCGCGAUAUCGCGUGUGAUGCCAAACAACGAGACUGGUGUCGGUUUGCGAGCCUCAUCGAUCGCUUGGCAUUCGUUGUUUACUUGAUCAUUUUUAUUGUCUCGAUCAUCCAUUACAGCAUUUAGAUGUACGUUAGUUAGAAUUCUAUUUCAAGAUGGUUUGUGUGCUUUGUCAAUAAGUUCGCUCGAAAUAUUCCAAAAUAAAAAAAAAUAAAUCGAAAUAUCCGUUUUUUUUAAAUUGCUGGUAAUGAUGAUGAAUAAAAAUAAAGAAUGCUGAA